AUGGGUUCGAGGAGGAGAGCACAAAACCGAGCGUCUCAAAGAGCGUUUCGCGAACGAAAGGAGAAACAUGUCAAAGGUCUUGAGUACCAACUGGAAGAUUUACACGAGAAACACCAAGAUUUACUCCAAUCAUAUAGCAAACAAGUUGACGAGGUGUCCCGACUCAAUGCACGAGUAGCAGAUCUCGCAGCAGAGCUCAACACAAUUCGACGAUGCCAGGACUCUUCUACCCGCAAAGUCACAACGUCCAGCACAUUCGACGACUUCGACGCGUUUUCCUCGACUGCCAUGAUAUAUUCCGCGAUCGAUGCCUACUACGAUAAGGGACCGAUCGACACGGAUCCGGAGUUUGAGUUGAAUUGCUUCGAGGACUCAUUGUAG